AUGAAUGGACACUCGAGUGCAGUGACUUGUUUGUUCUUCACUUUGCUCGAAGAUUUUCUCGUGACAACUUCUAUUGACAAGAGCAUUCGCUUCUGGGCCGUGAACUCGGGGGCAAACGUGAAAGUGUUCACCGACUCUGCUGCUCCUCUUGCUGCUGCGCUGCUGCCUUUCAACCCCACAGUCUUCAUCACUUCCAACAGCAACUCUUUGCUGCGCCUCGUCUGCUCCAACACUGGAAAGGUGCUGCAGAAACUGAAGAUGGACUCGGAGGUCCGCGCCAUUCGCUUCGACGACACCGGCCUCUUUUGCUUCGCCGGAAACAAAGCCGGCCAGCUGUACGUACUCGAGGCCACCGACAGCGCCAGCCUCACCUACAGGUACAAACUCAACCUCAGCAAG